GGCGGACCUGUUAUUCAGCUGACAUUUCAUCUGACAACAUAAACACAGGUAGUCAAGGCUCCAUAUUAAGUCUUGUUAUGAUACGACUGCUGGAAUCAGAUAAAAACAUCAAUGUAAAGAAUUUUAAAGAUAAAAACACUGAACCUUCAAGAAUGGGUGAAUUGAAAGAUGGGAGCUGGAAGAAUGGAAAUUUGUUGAAUGGACAGAAGGUCUGGGAUAAGUCCAAUUUUUACGAGCUAGAACUGACAAUAGGUAUGGGGUAUUGCCAGACUGGAAGCACGGGUGGAAAGCGUGAAAGAGGAACAGAAAAGCAAGGUUUCGGGGACAGUUCAAAACCAGGAUCUAGGGUUUUUUUGCCUGAAAAAGCACAGCCUGUUUUAGGCACCAGCACCAGUGGAAUUUCAGUAAGUGACUACCUAGUACUUCUAAAGUCACUCCACAUUAACCUGCCCAAUGGUGUCCUGAACCACAAAGUCAUAAGGCUCUCAGAGAAUGCAGGCAUCGUUCAAAAAGCCCAGGAUAUUGUAAAACAACUGGAAAACUUUCAACUACAGUUUAACAGCAUUCCACGUCUCGGCUGCCGGGAAGUGAAGAACUCGCUGCCACUGAAAGACAAUGGAAAAAUUAUUGAACUCACAUUGAAGAUUUUCUUUGAAAAAAGAGAAGAUUCAGAAAAAGCUCUAAGAUCGCAGUGGGGAAAGAAUGUAUCGAACUCAAGUUGCGGAUUCAGGUUCAGGGACAAAUACCGGACAAAAGCCAUCUCCACACCCACGAUUUACGCUACAACACAGACAAGGAGCUGGAGACAUUUAGAAGGUGGAGACAAUCUUGCAAAUAUUUCUGCUGGUGUGACAGUAAAUGUCUGUGACGUUGAGAAGAGAGACUAUGCUGAUGAAUCGGCUCUCUGGACAACGUCUUCUCCACAACGGCAAAUAUUCGGGAAAUAUUUCCAGAACCCAGAAGAUGAACGUGAAUGUCUCAAGUUCUACCAUGAGCUGAGAGAAAUUGGUACAAACAUGAGAGUGAGGUACACCAAAGGUAACAAAGUAGACUUUGGAUUCCUCUCUGGAAGACUGGACUUUUUAGCAGAAGUAAAAGGGGAAAAAAGUGAAAAAAUGUUGAUUGAGUGUAAAGGAACCACUGGAGAUAUGGUGGGCAAAGUCUUUACUAAACCAAAAAAUGGUGAUCGUCAUGCACACCUUAAUGAAACACAUGAGUACUAUUAUCAGGUUCAGGCCUACAUGUACAUCCUAAACAGGGCAGCAAAACAAACACAAGAGUUCUCCUCUGACAGGGCCGUUAUGGUAAUCAGACACUACCACAGAAAUGGACAGAAACCUAGAGAUUUCUACUGGAAUUAUCUGAGAAAGAAUGAAGCAAUACAGCGGAAAAUUGAUGAACUGCGUGUUUUCUGUGAAGAAGAGAUUCUGGCCUGUUUCUUGGCGGUUCUCAAUCAGAUUUUCCAGAAGGAUACAUAAAGUGAAGCUUUACAACUCAGAACUUGUACUUAUUACAAAUUAUAGAAGAAAUUCUAAUUAUUACUAUUAUCAUUGUUAUUAUAUUAUUAUUUAAUUCUUCAUUUUAAUUUGAUCUUAGAAACAGUGUGUUGAAACAAAACAAUUUUUUUCCUUCCUUAAAUCUCAAAUAUGUCAAUGAGGCUGGGAUUUUGAGAAUUUUGUAUGUAUGUGAAAACACCAAAAAUACAAGAAUUAUUAGAAUAAGGAACUAUAAAAAUACAUAGUUCUGGUUUUAUUUCUCCAUAGGUCAGUUGUUCACAUACCAGAAUUCAUAUAGUUUGGAAAAAUAAGGAAAAUAGUCAAUAUCUUUUUGAAGAAGAAAAAAAAAAGAAUGUGAAAAUAUUUUUGCCUAUUAUUAUUAUUGCUGAUAUUUAGGGUCAGGUUUCAAAAUCUGUAAGCUAUUAUGUUUCUAAACAAACUGGAGUUAUGAUUGUCCAGUGGGUAACAUAACACUCUUUUGAUCCUGUCAAAAAGCCACCUAAAAACCACCCCAGCAACUGCACAGCAAUGCACUUACAACAUUCAGAACACCUAGCAACCACAUAGCAACACUGUGGCAAAUGACCGAUUUCAAGAUCACUAACAACUGGCACUUGACAGUUAGCUAAUUGCCAAAUGAUCAUAAACAGCAAACCAAACAUAUGCAAAAAUGGCCGUCUGAAUUCCCUCGUUUUCCUUCACUCUUUUAAGUGGACUGUAUAAGUGGACGGACACAGGGAACAGUGAAUGAGAAGGGACUUUUCAGACACAGACACACUGUGACACGUCAAAGUGGACGUUUGAAACGUUACAGUACAUUGUAAAUGAAAUGAGUUAAAGUGCAGUCACUUUUAGCAAAAAAAAAAAGGUUGCCAGAAGUGUAGCAGUGUAGCAUUAGUUUCAGCAUGACGAAUACACCAUGGAAAAAUUGAACACAAUGUGAAAUCUGCAUGUGUUUUUUAUUUGCUUUUAAAACAACGCAAUGCUCAUGUCAUGUGUAGAUGGGGGAGAGGGUAAAGUAAAUUGAUUAUGAAUUUAGGUCUAAGGCAAAAGUUGAGAACUUGAAUGAUUCCAGGCUGAUGGACUAUUCUGCAGUGUAAUUUUUAUUUACUUUACUUGUAAUCCCUUUUUAUGAGAUAUCAACUAUACAUUUUAAGCAAUAUGUAAAUAAAUAGUUUUAAGACCAGUUAAAGACAAAAAUAAAUAAAGAUUCUUUUUUGAGAAGACAAAAGUCAGCCCCUCAAUAUCACUUUUUCAUUUCUCUAUUCUCUUGUCGGUAAAGUCUCUUGACCACCCCCCUCUCUCUCUUCCUCUUUUUCCUGCUCCCUCCCUCUCGCCCUCUAUCCCCUGCUGCCUUGCCUCCUCUCUCUAAGAGAGUUUGGUCAAUAAUUGAUGAAUCUUGCUUACUGAAAGGGUAACAGGUCUAUAGCAAUAGUCCAUUGCCCAUUCACGUAUCUUUUUUUCCUCCCAGGGCAGGUUUUUCAGAGCGGCUGCAUAAAUGCCUCACAAAUGCUUUUAAACGAUUUCAGCGAGGGAAUAUUCACCAUUGCAUCUAUUCAAAGGCUUUUAGUUAGUCUGUAUAUGUGCAGCAGUUCACCGACCUCUGAUGUCAGUGCCAGGAGAUGGGCAUGCAAGGGUUACUCCUGUCAGUCAACAGGCAGCAGGAGACAAGGAAGGAUGUAGGGAGAGAUUAAAUGAGAGAGUGGCAGGGGGCAGAGAGAAAAGAGAGAGAGUGAUACGCACACACACACACACACACACACAUACAGACAGAGAGAAGCAGUUAAUUCACCAUCAGGAGUGAUGGCCUGCAUGCCUGUUAUGUUUCUGAGAGCCCGAUGAAUAUGAUAGCAUAUUUCUGUGGCUGUCUGUAACAAACCAUGGAGGGGAGAAACGAGAAGUUGUUCUCCAGGAAAAGAAGUUUCACAUUCGGAGCAUACGGAGGGAUCGACAAGUUCAUCACUGGAAAUGAGAGCAGCUGUGCAGAAUCUGUGGGUCACAGCAUCCUGGAUAUUUUGGAUUCGCCCUCCGGUGAGGCUAAGCCACUUACUUCUGCACCGUCCAGUCAGAAGGUCACAGAGUUGUUUGCAAUCAUUGAAAAGCUACAGGGUAGCAGAUUGGAUGAACAGCGUUGUGAGUUCCCACCACCUCUGAAGACACGGCUGUUAAAGAUUGGAGAUGGCUUACCUCUUAUCCUGCCUCCUAAAUCUGGAGGUUAUUGGAUCGACCCUCCUCUGGAUAGACAUGUGGAGACCAGCCCUACUCUCUCACAGGGGGGCUUUGGUCUGGAGAGCUACGACAUCAUGGAGAGAGACAGUGAAGCUAAAGUCUAUCAGGAAUUCUUCCGUCACAGAUAUCAUCAUUCAUUCACUGCUUGUGACCCUUCUCUUGGGUGCCUAGUUUUAUCUGUUUGUCUUGAGGAAGAGGAAAAUCGCCUGAGAGUCAUUUUGAGGAUGAAGGAGUGCUCAAUUCAUGGCACAUUCUCUGUUUCGCUCUUUCAACAAUUCCCCACGGCAGUGGAGCUGGCAAAGAUGCUGUGCUCAAAUGUCAGCGUCACUUGUUUUGAGGCCGUGAGUUACUUAAAGGCCCCAGAGAUCAUAAUGGCGUUUGAUGAACACAGAGUGUCCCAAAACUUUAAAUUUGGUGUCUUAUACCAGAGAGAAGGACAGUUAACAGAGGAAGAUAUUCUUAGUAAUAAUGAGGAAAGUGAGGAGUUUUUGGAGUUUUUAUCAAUACUUGGACAGACGGUCAAACUCCAGGGAUUUACUGGUUUCAGGGGAGGUCUGGAUGUUUCUCAUGGCCAGACAGGAAAUGAAGCUGUUUUCACCUCCUUCCAUGGACGUGAGAUUAUGUUCCACGUUACCACUAAACUACCGUUCACAGAAGGAGAUACACAACAGUUGCAGAGAAAGAGACAUAUUGGGAAUGACAUCGUUGCCCUAGUGUAUCAGGAGGGUAAUACUCCCUUCAUUUCGGAUGUGAUUAGAUCCCACUUCUUGCAUUGUUUCAUUGCAGUGAGGAGGAUAAAGAGAGAGAAUGAGGGAGAGGGAGAAGAUGGGGGAUCCUUCCAGGUAUCUGUCACGGCUAGGGAGGAUGUACCCCCAUUUGGCCCACCCCUUCCUACACCGCCCAUUUUUACAGAGGGCUCAGUUUUAAGAGAGUUCCUCUUGACCAAACUUAUAAAUGCUGAAAUCUCUUGCUACAAGGCUGAGAAAUUCAGUCGACUGGAGUUACGUACACGUUCAUCUCUUUUGGACGCACUGCGGUCUGAACUGUCUUCCCGAUCUCAAUGCAUGUUGGGAGAGCCAUCACAACCCAGCAUCCCCCUCACUGAAGGGGGAAGAAGUGUUCCAGAGGGUGGAGGAGGUUUUAUUGAGAACUUUAAGAGAGCUAUAAGGGUGCGAAGCCACUCGUUUGAUACCUUGGGAGUACCAAAGAAGGCAGGGGGUGUAGCAGGGCAGCGACCAAAGGAUGACCUUUUUUUCCCUGCUAAAACACCGGAAAAGGAUGGUGAGAGCGAGCAGACAAGCAACACGGGCUACACUGAGGCAAGAGGUCAAACCAGUCCCCAGGACGACUUGUAGAUGAAGGAUGUCACUAAUUCUGAGGCCUAAGCACAAAAAAAGCCUUCCACAAACUUCAAGAUUAAUUGAAGAGUGCAAAGCACAAUAAAGUAUAUAGAUAUUUUAAGUAAAGCUUUUGUGUAUUAAGGUGUUACUAGCUGCAAGUGCAAACAGAAAGAUGAAUGUAUAAGAUUUGACAAACUGUAUAUGAUCAUUUGAAUGUCCUUAUUGAAGUGGCAUGGUUUAGAUUUGAUGGCUGCUUAUAGCUGGUGUUUGCCAGUGAAGGAAUUUCAUUUCUGGAACGUUUUUGCUGCAGUUUAUCCAGUUACUGUGAUUAAAUGUAUUUUAAAUUUACUUCAGUUCACAACAGGAUAAAAAAAAUAAAUAAACCUGAUUAGCCAUAUUCUUUGUUUUGUUCAAUAUUCUCUAUCCUUACGUACAAGGUUCCAGUCUAUGAAUUUUGAAAAUUACAAAUCUGUAUAAGACACAAGAGAAUAGUUACAUUGGAAUACUAUAAAGUUUACACAUUUACUUCGCUUUGCUAAUUUACCAAAUCCCACAGAAACACUAACGUAACUUCAGACUUAGCUAAUGUUCUACAUCAACCCUAGUUAGGGUCCAUUAUACAGUUGUUU